UCCUCUCCCGGCCGCCGUCGGCUCCGACAUAUUGCCCGCAGGAGCUGCGGCGGCGGAGCGGAGAGCGCCGGGGGGAGGAGAUGGGAGGACGAAGAGGUCCCAACAGGACAUCUUACUGUCGAAAUCCGCUCUGUGAGCCUGGAUCCUCAGGGGGCUCUGGUGGCAGCCACACUUCUAGUGCAUCGGUGACCAGUGUCCGUUCCCGCACCAGGAGCAGUUCUGGGACGGGCCUCUCCAGCCCCCCACUGGCCACCCAGACGGUUGUGCCUCUGCAGCACUGCAAGAUCCCCGAGCUGCCAGUGCAGGCCAGCAUUCUGUUUGAGUUGCAGCUCUUCUUCUGCCAGCUCAUAGCCCUCUUUGUCCACUACAUCAACAUCUACAAGACAGUGUGGUGGUAUCCGCCCUCCCACCCGCCCUCCCACACCUCCCUGAACUUCCACCUGAUCGACUUCAACUUGCUGAUGGUGACCACCAUCGUUCUGGGCCGUCGCUUCAUUGGGUCCAUCGUGAAGGAGGCUUCUCAGAGGGGGAAGGUCUCCCUCUUUCGCUCCAUCCUGCUGUUCCUCACCCGCUUCACCGUUCUCACGGCAACAGGCUGGAGUCUGUGCCGAUCCCUCAUCCACCUCUUCAGGACCUACUCCUUCCUGAACCUCCUGUUCCUCUGCUAUCCGUUUGGGAUGUACAUUCCGUUCCUGCAGCUGAACUGUGAUCUCCGCAAGACGAACCUCUUCAGCCACAUGGCCUCCAUGGGGCCCCGGGAGGCAGUCAGCGGAUUGGCGAGGAGCCGGGACUACCUGCUGACACUGCGGGAGACGUGGAAGCAGCACACACGACAGCUGUAUGGCCCGGAUGCCAUGCCCACCCAUGCCUGCUGCCUGUCACCCAGCCUCAUCCGCAGCGAGGUGGAGUUCCUCAAGAUGGACUUCAACUGGCGCAUGAAGGAAGUGCUCGUCAGCUCUAUGCUGAGUGCAUAUUAUGUGGCCUUUGUGCCUGUCUGGUUUGUGAAGAACACACAUUACUAUGACAAGCGUUGGUCCUGCGAACUCUUCCUGCUGGUGUCCAUCAGCACCUCUGUGAUCCUCAUGCAGCACCUGCUGCCUGCCAGUUACUGCGACCUGCUGCACAAGGCUGCUGCCCAUCUGGGCUGCUGGCAGAAGGUGGACCCAGCGCUGUGCUCCAACGUGCUGCAGCACCCGUGGACUGAAGAAUGCAUGUGGCCACAGGGUGUGCUGGUGAAGCACAGCAAGAACGUCUACAAAGCAGUGGGCCACUACAACGUGGCCAUCCCCUCUGACGUCUCCCACUUCCGAUUCCACGCCCAACAACAAUACCCUGGAGGAUGACAUGUAAAAAGGUGUUGAUUUUACACCAGAAAAAGAGUUUGAGAGAGAAGCAAGACCUCUCAAGAAAGGCUUACUGGAGGAGGUAGAAGUUGAACAGGAUCUUAAAUGACUUAUAUGGGAAGCAGCACUCCUGUCAGGAGGAACACCACAAGCAAAGGCAGAUGAGUUGGCAGAGUCCAUGCCCACCCUACAAAGUCUUCCUCUCCACUCAAGUCUGCAUGGGGCCCCGAAAGCUUGUCCCCUUCACUGGCCCACCCAGAACCCCCAUCCAAGAGGCAGAUUUUUGGAGCAUACCUUCAUUCCAUGUCUACCCUUUCCUGGGCAGUUCUUUUUCAGCAAACCCCUGCGGAUCCUCAACAUUCUCCUGUUAUUGGAGGGCGCUGUCAUUGUCUACCAGCUGUACUCCUUAAUGUCCUCC